AUGCUGGCUGCACCAUCCAAGCCAUGCCAUGUUACGAUCGUUCAUCGUCAUCCACCAUCAAAACUUUACUCAGAAGAAGAAAUGGUAGAUAAUAUUUGUUCAUCAUCAAGCGAUGAAGACAUAAAAUCAACCAAUCAUAACACUGAAAUUGAGUAUAAACAUGACGAUGAAAACCUACAAUCGGAAGAAUUUGAAGAGACACCAUUAUAUGCCGCUAUUUUAACUUAUUUAAGUUAUGCUAUACUUUGUUUGUUUGGUUGGUUACGAGACUUUCUUCGAGAUUCACACAUUGAAAAAAAACGCGGUGCUCUUGAUCCAAAUGCUACAUUAGGUUUCGUACCUUUGUAUCAAAGUUAUGAAUCAUUUUAUACACGAAAUAUGUACACACGUGUACGCGAUAUUUUUAAUCGACCAAUUGCUAGUGUACCUGGUGCACAAUUUGAAUUAACUGAACGUAUUUCAGAUGAUUAUAAUUGGACAUAUAGAUAUACUGGAAAAACAAUAAAUGCUAUCAAUUUAGGAUCGUAUAAUUAUUUGGGUUUCGCUGAAAAAUCAGGUCCAUGCGCUACAGAUGCUAUUAAUGCAAUUAAAACAUUUGGUGUUGGUAAUUGUAAUUCAAGAAUUGAAUUAGGUACACAGCGGUAUCAUGUUGAACUUGAACGAUUGCUUGCAGAUUUUCUUCAUGUUGAAAGUUCGAUUGCCUUUGGAAUGGGUUUUGCAACCAAUGCACUUAAUUUGCCCGCUUUGGCGUCUAAAGGAGAUUUAAUCUUAAGUGAUGAAAUGAAUCAUGUUUCACUCAUCCUAGGCAUGCGUUUAUCAGGUGCUACUUAUCAAACAUUUGCACAUAAUGAUAUGAAAGAUUUGGAAAAAAAAUUACGAGCGGCUAUUGUUCAUGGUCAUCCACGUACUAAUCGACCAUGGAAAAAAAUUAUUAUCGUUGUUGAAGGUGUCUAUAGUAUGGAAGGUUCAAUUUGUCGAUUGCCAGAAUUAAUGCAAUUAAAAAAAAAAUAUAAAGCCUAUUUAUAUAUGGAUGAAGCACAUUCAAUUGGUGCAAUGGGUAAACAAGGUCGUGGAAUUGUAGAUUAUUUCGGUGUUGAUGCAAAUGAGGUGGAUAUUUUAAUGGGAACAUUUACAAAAAGUUUUGGUUCAGCUGGUGGUUAUAUUGCGGGGAAAAAGUCACUUAUUGAUCAUAUUCGUGUGACUUCUCAUGCUAAUACUUAUGCUUCAAGUAUGUCAGCACCACUAGUACAACAAAUAAUGUCUUCUCUUAAACUUCUUAAAUGUCCAGAAGGUAAAAGACGUAUUUGUCAACUUGCUGACAAUACACGUUAUUUUCGACAGAAAUUAGUCGAUAUGGGUUUUAUUGUAUUUGGAAAUAAAAAUUCACCUGUUGUUCCUAUGUUAAUUUAUAUGCCUGCACGAGUAACUCGGUUUAAUCGAGAAAUGCUUCGUCGUGGUGUUGCUGUUGUUACUGUUGGAUUUCCCGCAACAAAAUUAUUAGAUGCUCGAGUUCGAUUUUGUAUAUCAGCGGCACAUACUCGACAGAUGCUUGACACUGCUCUAAUGGCAAUAGAUGAAGUCGGUACAGAUAUAUCACUACGUUAUUCAACACGACAUAAAUCUCGACGAUUAAGAGAGUUGUGA